CAGCAGAUGUUGACGCCCCACCAGAAGACAAGUACGCUUUCGACUUCUCUCUGGUGACUUUCAGAUUUAGCCUUUCAGAUUGCCGGAUAGUUGAUGUGCAACUUGGCGUCAGAAUUUUGUUCAAGCAUGAAAGGGAUGGGAACUGGAAGUUAUAGUAACCCCUCCGAUACAAUUCCACUCCUCACUCCUUACAAAAUGGGAGAGUUUGAUCUCUCUCACAGAGCAGUUUUAGCACCAUUAACUAGAAACAGAUCUUACAAUAAUAUUCCACAGCCACACGUGGCAUUGUAUUAUUCACAGAGAACAACCAAAGGUGCUCUCCUUAUUACUGAAGCUACUGGAGUAUCAGAUACUGCACAAGGUGGAUUCCGAAAUGCACCUGGAGUUUGGACAAAGGAGCAAGUGGAAGCAUGGAAGCCAAUUGUGGAUGCAGUUCAUCAGAAGGGUGGAAUAUUCUUUAUGCAAAUAUGGCAUGUCGGCCGUGUGUCUAAUCAUAGUUUUCAGCCGAAUGACCAAGCUCCAAUAUCAUCAACAGACAAGGGAAUUACCCCUGGCCACGAAGGAGGAGAGUGGUCUCCCCCUAGACGACUGAAGACAGAUGAAAUCCCUGGUGUAGUCAAUGAUUUUAGGUUGGCUGCUCGUAACGCUAUUGAAGCAGGAUUUGAUGGUGUUGAGAUUCAUGGUGCAAAUGGUUACUUAAUUGAGCAGUUUAUGAAAGAUGAAGUAAAUGAUAGAACAGAUGAGUAUGGUGGGAGCUUGGAAAACCGGUGUCGGUUUGCACUUGAAGUAGUAGAGGCAGUGGUUAACGAGAUUGGAGCUAACAGAGUCGGGCUAAGACUGUCUCCGUAUUCUGAUUUCAUGGAGGCGAGCGACUCAAAUCCUAAUGCUUUAGCAACUUACAUGGCUAAUGCACUUAAUAAGUUCAACAUUCUCUAUCUCCACGCUAUUGAACCAAGGGUGAGAGGUGCAAGUGUGAUUCCAGGGACCGAGGAUGAAAGCCCCCAUAGACUCCUUUCUAUGAGGAAUGCUUUCAAGAAUACUUUUAUUGCUGCUGGUGGCUAUAACAGAAAUAAUGGCAGCAAAGCUAUUGCAGAAAAUUACGCGGAUUUGAUUGCCUAUGGACGCCACUUCUUGGCUAAUCCUGAUUUACCAAGGCGAUUUGAGUUGGAUGCCCCUCUUAAUAAGUACGACAGGAGCACUUUCUACAUCUCGGAUCCCAUUAUUGGUUACACAGAUUAUCCUUUCCUUGAAGAAGCUUAGGGCAUGGUUAACAGAUAUGAUCCUUUUCCGUCUAGCAAUUUAUUGUUUGCUCUGGAUAUUUGGACGGUCUCUCCUUAUUUAUUUUUCUUGCAUUACUGUUUUUAUUAAAUAAUAAGAGCAAUUAUGGAGGGGGGAAAUCACUAUUUGCCUAUUCUUAAAGGGGUACUCUUUGCCCGACAGGUGAUAAAUAGUCCAUGUAAGAACUCUCAACUGUCAAAUUUUGUGACCAUUUGUAUUGUGUGUGGAAUAUUGCAUUCCGUAUUGUUUAUGAA